GCCGCUAGGUGGCAGGCCUCGGCUUUGUUCUGAGGAGGCGGCCACGUUGUGCAUCCCCCAUCGCCGCCUACGGCUCCAAAGCGGGCCAAACUAGAUUCCUUAGAGAUCCUUAUAGACUCCAAGACCUUUGGAUCUACUUUCUGACGGUACUCCUGUGUGACUAUUGAGAAGUCACUAGAUCGCCGAGCUUUGUUCAUCUGUAAAGAAGAGAGUUGGGCCAGAGAAGGCCAGAGCCAGGGUUUAGACACGGGCAACCAGGAUACUCGCCCUCGUCGUGCGCGCCAGAGGGGCGCUGCGCAAAGACCCCCCCCCCAGGUGCCGCCCCAAUACUCCUCACUCCUACUAGUUUGGGGACGUGAAAAGGAGAAAGGGAGUACCUUUUACAAAUAAGGUAGCGAGUUCAGAUUUACGUGACUUGCGCCUGGUCACACAGGUCCACAACAGAACUUGGUUCAAACCCAGCCUAUGCAUAUUUCGUUAUGUCCUACCUCCGAUCUUCUCAAUACCUUCAAAUCUGUCAACUCACUCCUGCUUCUCACAGGUGCAGCCAUGGGAGAUGCAGAGAUGUCCGCAUUUGGAGCCGCUGCUCCCUUCCUGCGCAAGUCAGAGAAGGAGCGGCUGGAAGCCCAGACCAGGCCUUUUGAUCUCAAGAAGGAUGUCUUCGUGCCUGAUGACAAAGAAGAGUUCGUCAAGGCCAAGAUUGUAUCUCGAGAGGGUGGCAAAGUCACCGCUGAGACUGAGAAUGGCAAGACAGUGACUGUGAAGGAAGACGACUUGUUGCAGCAGAACCCACCCAAGUUCGACAAGAUUGAGGACAUGGCCAUGCUGACCUUCCUGCACGAGCCCGCGGUGCUCUACAACCUCAAGGAGCGCUAUGCGGCCUGGAUGAUCUACACCUACUCAGGCCUCUUCUGCGUCACCAUCAACCCCUACAAGUGGUUGCCAGUGUACAAUGCUGAGGUGGUGGCCGCCUACCGGGGCAAGAAGAGGAGUGAGGCUCCACCCCACAUCUUCUCCAUCUCCGACAAUGCCUAUCAGUACAUGCUGACAGACAGAGAAAACCAGUCCAUCCUGAUCACUGGAGAAUCCGGUGCCGGGAAGACGGUCAACACCAAGAGGGUCAUUCAGUACUUUGCUGUUAUCGCCGCCAUUGGGGACCGCAGCAAGAAGGACCAGAACCCAGGCAAGGGCACCCUGGAGGACCAGAUCAUCCAGGCCAACCCUGCCUUGGAGGCCUUCGGCAACGCCAAGACCGUCAGGAAUGACAACUCCUCCCGCUUCGGAAAAUUCAUUCGAAUCCAUUUUGGGGCAACUGGAAAGUUGGCAUCUGCAGACAUAGAGACCUACCUUCUGGAAAAAUCCAGAGUUAUUUUCCAGCUGAAAGCAGAGAGAGAUUAUCACAUUUUCUACCAAAUUCUGUCUAACAAAAAGCCUGAGCUGCUGGACAUGCUGCUGAUCACCAACAACCCCUACGAUUAUGCAUUCAUCUCCCAAGGAGAGACCACUGUAGCCUCAAUUGAUGACGCCGAGGAGCUCAUGGCCACUGAUAACGCCUUUGACGUACUGGGCUUCACUCCAGAGGAGAAGAACUCCAUUUACAAGCUGACGGGUGCCAUCAUGCACUUUGGAAACAUGAAGUUCAAACAGAAGCAGAGAGAGGAGCAGGCUGAGCCAGAUGGCACCGAAGAGGCUGACAAGUCUGCCUACCUCAUGGGGCUGAACUCAGCCGACCUGCUCAAGGGGCUAUGCCACCCUCGUGUGAAAGUGGGCAACGAGUACGUCACCAAGGGGCAGAGCGUGCAGCAGGUGGCGUAUGCCACUGGGGCACUGGCCAAGGCAAUGUAUGAGAAGAUGUUCAACUGGAUGGUGACGAGGAUCAAUGCCACCCUGGAGACCAAGCAGCCACGCCAGUACUUCAUCGGAGUCCUGGACAUCGCUGGCUUCGAGAUCUUCGACUUCAACAGCUUCGAGCAGCUCUGCAUCAACUUUACCAAUGAGAAGCUGCAGCAGUUCUUCAACCACCACAUGUUCGUGCUGGAGCAGGAGGAGUACAAGAAGGAAGGCAUCGAGUGGACAUUCAUUGACUUUGGCAUGGACCUGCAGGCCUGCAUUGACCUCAUUGAGAAGCCCAUGGGCAUCAUGUCCAUCCUGGAGGAGGAGUGCAUGUUCCCCAAGGCCACUGACAUGACCUUUAAGGCCAAGCUGUACGACAACCACCUGGGCAAGUCCAACAACUUCCAGAAGCCGCGCAAUGUCAAGGGGAAGCAGGAGGCCCACUUCUCCCUGAUCCACUAUGCUGGCACCGUGGACUACAACAUCCUGGGCUGGCUGCAGAAGAACAAAGACCCACUGAAUGAGACGGUGGUGGGCCUGUACCAGAAGUCCUCCCUCAAGCUGCUCAGCAACCUGUUCGCCAACUAUGCUGGGGCCGAUGCACCUGUUGAGAAGGGCAAAGGCAAGGCCAAGAAAGGCUCAUCCUUUCAGACCGUGUCAGCUCUGCACAGGGAAAAUCUGAACAAGCUGAUGACCAACUUGCGCUCCACACAUCCCCACUUCGUGCGCUGCAUCAUCCCCAACGAGACCAAGUCUCCAGGGGUGAUGGACAACCCCCUGGUCAUGCACCAGCUGCGCUGCAAUGGCGUGUUGGAGGGCAUUCGCAUCUGCAGGAAGGGCUUCCCCAACCGCAUCCUCUACGGUGACUUCCGGCAGAGGUAUCGCAUCCUGAACCCAACGGCCAUCCCCGAAGGGCAGUUCAUCGACAGCAGGAAAGGGGCAGAGAAGCUGCUGGGCUCCCUGGACAUUGACCACAACCAGUACAAGUUCGGCCACACCAAGGUGUUUUUCAAGGCAGGGCUGCUGGGGCUGCUGGAAGAGAUGCGAGAUGAGAGGCUGAGCCGCAUCAUCACCUGCAUCCAGGCCCAGUCUCGGGGUGUGCUCUCCAGAAUGGAGUUCAAGAAGCUGCUAGAACGCAGAGACUCCCUGCUGGUAAUCCAGUGGAACAUUCGGGCCUUCAUGGGAGUCAAGAACUGGCCCUGGAUGAAGCUCUACUUCAAGAUCAAGCCGCUGCUGAAGAGCGCGGAGACGGAGAAGGAGAUGGCCAACAUGAAGGAGGAGUUCGGGCGCCUCAAAGAGGCGCUGGAGAAGUCCGAGGCUCGCCGCAAGGAGCUGGAGGAGAAGAUGGUAUCCCUGCUGCAGGAGAAGAACGACCUACAGCUCCAAGUGCAGGCGGAACAAGACAACUUGGCUGACGCAGAGGAGCGCUGUGACCAGCUGAUCAAAAACAAGAUCCAGCUGGAGGCCAAGGUGAAGGAGAUGAACGAGAGGCUGGAGGACGAGGAGGAGAUGAACGCCGAGCUCACCGCCAAGAAGCGCAAGCUGGAAGACGAGUGCUCUGAGCUCAAAAGGGACAUUGAUGACCUGGAGUUGACGCUGGCCAAGGUGGAGAAGGAGAAGCAUGCAACAGAGAACAAGGUGAAGAACCUGACAGAGGAGAUGGCUGGCCUGGAUGAGAUCAUCGCCAAGCUGACCAAGGAGAAGAAAGCUCUGCAAGAGGCUCACCAGCAGACCCUGGAUGACCUUCAGGCUGAGGAGGACAAGGUCAACACACUGACCAAGUCUAAGGUCAAGCUGGAGCAGCAGGUGGAUGAUCUGGAGGGGUCCCUGGAACAGGAAAAGAAGGUGCGCAUGGACCUCGAGAGAGCAAAGCGGAAGCUGGAGGGCGACUUGAAGCUGACCCAGGAGAGCAUCAUGGACCUGGAGAACGACAAGCAGCAGCUGGACGAGCGACUGAAAAAGAAGGACUUUGAGCUAAAUGCCCUGAAUGCAAGGAUUGAGGACGAGCAGGCCGUGGGUAGCCAGCUGCAGAAGAAGCUCAAAGAGCUUCAGGCACGCAUCGAGGAGCUGGAGGAAGAGCUGGAGGCAGAGCGCACCGCCCGCGCCAAGGUGGAGAAGCUGCGCUCAGACCUGUCCAGGGAGCUGGAGGAGAUCAGCGAGCGGCUGGAAGAGGCCGGUGGGGCCACAUCCGUGCAGAUCGAGAUGAACAAGAAGCGCGAGGCGGAGUUCCAGAAGAUGAGGCGGGACCUGGAGGAGGCCACGCUGCAGCACGAGGCCACGGCCGCAGCCCUGCGCAAGAAGCACGCCGACAGCGUGGCCGAGCUGGGCGAGCAGAUCGACAACCUGCAGCGCGUGAAGCAGAAGCUGGAGAAGGAGAAGAGCGAGUUCAAGCUGGAGCUGGACGAUGUCACCUCCAACAUGGAGCAGAUCAUCAAGGCCAAGGCUAAUCUGGAGAAGAUGUGCCGGACCUUGGAAGACCAGAUGAAUGAGCACCGGAGCAAAGCCGAGGAGACCCAGCGUUCUGUCAAUGACCUCACCAGCCAGCGGGCCAAGCUGCAGACUGAGAAUGGUGAGCUGUCCCGACAGCUGGAUGAGAAGGAGGCGCUGAUCUCCCAGCUGACCCGAGGGAAGCUCACUUACACCCAGCAGCUAGAGGACCUCAAAAGGCAGCUGGAGGAGGAGGUUAAGGCAAAGAACGCCCUGGCCCACGCACUGCAGUCAGCCCGGCACGACUGUGACCUGCUGCGGGAGCAGUAUGAGGAGGAGACGGAGGCCAAGGCCGAGCUGCAGCGUGUCCUGUCCAAGGCCAACUCAGAGGUGGCCCAGUGGAGGACCAAGUAUGAGACAGAUGCCAUCCAGCGGACAGAGGAGCUCGAGGAGGCCAAAAAGAAGCUGGCCCAGAGGCUGCAGGACGCUGAGGAGGCCGUGGAGGCCGUCAACGCCAAGUGCUCCUCUCUGGAGAAGACCAAGCACCGGCUGCAGAACGAGAUCGAGGACCUGAUGGUGGACGUGGAGCGCUCCAAUGCGGCCGCCGCAGCCCUGGACAAGAAGCAGAGAAACUUUGACAAGAUCCUAGCCGAGUGGAAGCAGAAGUAUGAGGAGUCACAGUCGGAGCUGGAGUCCUCACAGAAGGAGGCACGCUCCCUCAGCACGGAGCUCUUCAAGCUCAAGAAUGCCUACGAGGAGUCUCUGGAGCACCUGGAGACCUUCAAGCGGGAGAACAAGAACCUGCAGGAGGAGAUCUCCGACCUGACUGAGCAGUUAGGUUCCACCGGAAAGAGCAUCCAUGAGCUGGAGAAGAUCCGCAAGCAGCUGGAGGCCGAGAAACUGGAGCUGCAGUCAGCCCUAGAAGAGGCCGAGGCCUCCCUGGAGCAUGAGGAGGGCAAGAUCCUCCGGGCCCAGCUGGAGUUCAACCAGAUCAAGGCGGAGAUCGAGAGGAAGCUGGCCGAGAAGGACGAGGAGAUGGAGCAGGCCAAGCGCAACCACCUGCGGGUGGUGGACUCGCUGCAGACCUCCCUGGACGCGGAGACACGCAGCCGCAAUGAGGCCCUGAGGGUGAAGAAGAAGAUGGAGGGGGACCUCAACGAGAUGGAGAUCCAGCUCAGCCACGCCAACCGCAUGGCCGCUGAGUCCCAAAAGCAAGUCAAGAGCCUCCAGAGCUUGCUGAAGGACACCCAGAUCCAGCUGGACGAUGCAGUCCGGGCCAACGACGACCUGAAGGAGAACAUCGCCAUCGUGGAACGGCGCAACAACCUGCUGCAGGCCGAGCUGGAGGAGCUGCGGGCCGUGGUGGAGCAGACGGAGCGGUCUCGGAAGCUGGCUGAGCAGGAGCUGAUCGAGACCAGCGAGCGGGUGCAGCUGCUGCACUCCCAGAACACCAGCCUCAUCAACCAGAAAAAGAAGAUGGAUGCAGACCUGUCCCAGCUUCAGACGGAAGUGGAGGAGGCGGUGCAGGAGUGCAGGAACGCCGAGGAGAAGGCCAAGAAGGCCAUCACGGAUGCGGCCAUGAUGGCGGAGGAGCUGAAGAAGGAGCAGGACACCAGCGCCCACCUGGAGCGCAUGAAGAAGAACAUGGAGCAGACCAUCAAGGACCUGCAGCACCGGCUGGAUGAGGCUGAGCAGAUCGCCCUCAAGGGCGGCAAGAAGCAGCUACAGAAGCUGGAGGCCCGGGUGCGAGAGCUGGAGAACGAGCUGGAGGCCGAGCAGAAGCGUAACGCGGAGUCGAUCAAGGGCAUGAGGAAGAGUGAGCGGCGCAUCAAGGAGCUCACCUACCAGACAGAAGAGGACAGGAAGAACCUGCUGCGGCUACAGGACCUGGUGGACAAGCUGCAGCUGAAAGUCAAAGCCUACAAACGCCAGGCCGAGGAGGCGGAGGAGCAGGCCAACACCAACCUGUCCAAGUUCCGCAAGGUACAGCACGAGCUGGAUGAGGCGGAGGAGCGGGCGGACAUCGCCGAGUCCCAGGUCAACAAGCUGCGGGCCAAGAGCCGCGACAUUGGCACCAAGGGCUUAAAUGAAGAGUAGCUUUGCCACAUCUUCUUGGUCUGCCCAGCACUGAGGGUGCCAACGGGGCUCCCAAUUCUGGAGCCUAUAGAGCAGCUCUUUUGGAAGAAGCAGAAUAAAGCAAUUUUUCUCGAAGC